AUGAUGCACCUGUCUUGUUGUUUAUCACAGACACAUAUGGUGUUUGGAGCAUAUUUGAGCAACACCAUUCGGCCUAAUGACACAUUCUACGGCUCCGGUGCCACUUUUUUAUUUACCUUUUACCCCACUUUCAAGGUCAGUGAUUGUGUAGGACAUUUUGGUCUGUGGCUGGAUGGGGACCUCAACAAGGGACGGUCUCACACUUGUGCUACAUUCUGUAAUGACGUGCUGGCCAAAGAGGAAGAUUUCAGCAUUCUACAGCUGGAGGUCUGGAGGUUU